AUGUCGAAACUGAAUCCCCAAACAACUCACUACGAGUUCCUUGGGCCUGUAGGAACGUUCUUCAUUUCAGUCGGCGUUCCUUCCAUGAUAUACGGGCUAUACUAUGGAUGCAGCGAGCAGACUGGUGGUUGCCCCCCUCCUACACUCACUUUGUCCAAAUUGACUUCAGAAUUAACUGCGCUUCCUGUGACGAUUUCUUUGCACGACAUAUCUUGGUGGCAGGGUUUAUGGCAAGAGGUAUGGGACACGGAAGCCGCGCUGAUGUAUCUCGCGUGGUACGCAUUCUGUGUUGUCGCUUGGAGAGUGUUGCCUGGUGCUCAGGUCGAAGGAACGCGUAUCCGGGAUGGGAGCGUUAAAAAGUACAAAAUCAACGCAUUUUCGACAUUCUUACUGGCUCUCGGCUUGGUCACAGGAGUGAUCAUCCGCUUUGGUCCCGAGAAAUUCACGUUCUUGUACGAGCGCUGGGUUGGGUUUGCUACUGCGGCUAUUCUCAUGUCGAUCGCCCAAGCUUUCGUUGUAUAUGCUAUGUCUUUUAGAGAAGGUGCUUUGCUUGCACUUGGCGGAAACACUGGGAACUGGGUGUACGAUUGGUACAUUGGCCGACAGCUCAACCCUACUCUGUCUAUAUUCGGCGCCGAAUUCGAUAUUAAGAGCUUCAACGAGCUUAGACCGGGUUUGAUCCUCUGGGCAUUGAUUGAUAUCAGUAUGGUGUGUGAGCAGGCGGUGAGGAGGGGUGGAAUCGGCAAUGUAACAGACUCGAUGUGGCUUGUUCUCUUGUUUCAAGUCGGCUACGUAGCGGAUGGGCUGUAUAAUGAGCCCGCCAUCCUCACCACGAUGGAUAUUACCACAGAUGGAUUUGGUUUCAUGUUGAGUGUCGGAGACCUUGCCUGGGUCCCAUUCGCAUACUCCCUUCAAGCGCGUUAUCUUGCUUUCCAUCCGAUCCUUCUCGGACCUGUCGCUACAGCGUUGAUCGUUGCCGUCAACGCUACUGGUUACUACAUCUUCAGAGAGGCAAACGGACAGAAGAACGAUUUCAGAAAUGGGAAGGAUACCCGAGGCCUAAAAUACUUCACGACCGAAUCUGGUUCUAAAUUGAUCACGUCUGGGUGGUGGGGACGUUCGAGGCAUCCCAACUAUCUCGGUGACCUGCUCAUGGCUCUCGCCUGGUCUCUCCCAACCGGUUUCGACACGCCCAUAACUUACUUCUACGUGAUGUAUUUCGCUGUGCUGUUGAUACACAGACAGAGGAGGGACGACGAGAACUGCGAAAAGAAAUACGGCAAAGAUUGGGAAAAAUACAAGAAGAUGGUGCCAUACAGAAUUAUACCUUAUAUUUACUAG